AUGUCCGCAGGAAGAUCACACCAUGAAAGUUUGUAUGCUCACGCUCUCGCACACAUGCGCACAACUAUUCAUAGCUUUGUGAUCCCAUUCCAGCGAAAUUUGAAAGCACAAAAUAUGUCCAUUAGACUUAAACCCGGCAAAUCAACCAUCCACUUAUCUUCAAGCUCUCUCGAUAAGUUCAUCAAAACCCAGAAAAACCUCUCCAAAUCCUACCCAAGACUCUGGUCCGAUCAGAAAAACGAAGAACCCAAUGACACAAACGAUCAAGGGGUGCGCAUCUUAAAUCUAAGCCACCCAAUCCUGUGCAUUUUGGACUCAUCUGGUCCUUCACUGAAACAAUUCAACCAAGUCCACACCCAGCUUAUUGUUAACGGCCUCUUUCAACACCCUCUGGCCGCGAGCCGGGUAGUCAAGAAGCUUUGUUAUUCGUCUUUUACUGUUCCACAUGCCAUUGAGUUGUUUUGUCGCCUUGAAAACCCCGAUGCAUUUAUAUGUAACACCAUUAUGAGAAGCUUUGUGAAUUCGAAUGACCCAGAAAACGCUUUAACUUUUUACUAUCAUCAAAUGGUUGGAAAAUGUGUUCUGCCCAAUCAUUAUACGUUUCCCAUAUUGUUAAAGGCUUGUGCCGAGAUGGGGUUGGUGAGAGAAGGGGAAAAGAUUCAGGCCCAGAUUUUGAAAGUUGGGCUUGAGCUGGAUUUGUUUGUCCGGAAUGUGCUGAUUCAUUUGUACUCUGUUUGUGGUAGAAUUUGGGAUGCAAGAAAGGUGUAUGAUUUGAGUUCUGAGUGUGAUUUGGUGACUUGGAAUUCGAUGAUUGAUGGGUAUGUAAAAAAUGGGGAAGUGGGUUUUGCACGUUGGUUUUUUGAUGAAAUGCCCGACAGGGAUGUUUUUAGUUGGAAUUCUAUGAUUGCAGGGUAUGUGGGAAUUGGGGAUAUGGAGAUGGCAAAGGAGCUAUUUGGACGAAUGCCGGUUAGGGAUGUUGUUUCUUGGAAUUCUUUGAUCGAUGGGUAUGCAAGGAUCAGAAAUAUUGCGGCUGCCCGUGAGUUUUUUGAUCUGAUGGAUUGCCGUAAUGUUGUUUCUUGGAAUACCAUGUUAGCUCUGUAUGUGCGCUCCAAGGAUUAUUGUGAGUGUUUGAGAUUGUUUGAUAGAAUGAUGGAAGCAGCAGAUGCUAAACCUAAUGAGGCUACUCUUAUGAGUGUUUUAACUGCGUGUGCACACUUGGUGAGACUUGAUUUAGGUAAGUGGGUCCAUUCUUAUAUAAAAAACAAUAGGGAACUUGAACCUGAUGUGUUACUUUCAACCGCUCUCUUGACAAUGUAUGCCAAAUGUGGGACUAUGGAUUUGGCUGAGGAUGUAUUUGAUAAGAUGACUGACAAAAGUGUUGUAUCAUGGAAUUCUCUGAUUAUGGGGUAUGGAAUGCAUGGGUACGGCCAAAAAGCUCUCGAAAUGUUCUUGGAGAUGGAGGAUAGUGGAGUGAAGCCGAAUGAUGCUACUUUUAUAUGCGUUCUAAGUGCAUGUACUCAUGCAGGAAUGGUUUUGGAGGGUUGGUGGUGCUUUGACCUCAUGCAUCGAAUUUACAUGAUUGAGCCAAAGGUUGAGCACUACGGUUGCAUGAUUGAUCUUCUUGGACGAGCUGGCUUGACCAAACAUUCUGAAGAGCUUGUCAGUAGGAUUCCUAUGGAGGCAGGACCUGCUUUAUGGGGAGCUUUUCUUUUGGCUUGCGGAACGCACUCAAAUCUAGAGCUUGGAGAGAUUGUGGCCAAGCGGUUGAUUGAGUUGGAACCAGGGGAUAUUGGGCCCUAUGUGAUGUUAUCAAACAUAUAUGCUUCAGCAGGGAGAUGGGGUGAUGUGGAAAAUGUGAGAAACAUGAUGGCGAAAAAGGGGUUACAAAAAGAGGCAGGAUCUAGCCUUGUGCAUUAUGGCGAUUGUGGGACUAAAUAUUUUCAGGGAAAUGUCCAUAGAAGGAACUUGCUGUACUCCAUGUCGAGGGAGAUGGGUACUCAAAUAAAAUUGUCAUGCAGGAAUAUGGUAGGGUAG